UGAGCUAUUGUUUUUCAUAGUAGCCCUUUAAUUGACAUUAAAACAUAUUUACAAAGGCUGCGCCUAUAACCUAAAGAUGACCCUAUGGGCGAAUUCUUCAUUAUCUCACGAAUCAUGUUCAUGUGUUUUCAAUCCUUUGCUGUUUAUAGAACGCCAAAAAGAUCUACCGACAGAAUUCGCGCCUGAUUGGCUGGGACCUCGUUAUGGACUGUCAAACAAAGAAUGCGAGAUUCGUGCAAGGCGCUCACUAAUUGAAUAGGGAGGCUUUCUAUUCGUCGUCGGUACGACUGUUUAGACUUCUCAUCACAAAUAUGCUCAGAUGCUCCGGGUGAAAGACAUUCUGGAAAGUGAAAGCAAAUGAUUCCUAAACUCUUGAGUAUUCAGUGAGCAGUGAAAUUGUUUGGUAUAAUCUCUUGGCCUUUGUCAAGUGGUCUUUGAGAGAGCUAAACAGUUACUUCAAUCGAGUCAAUGGCCGUUCGCUAAUCUUUUAGAGACAUGUGAAUUGUCUAUCGUUGGGAUGUGGUCCGUCGCUAUCCAUCGCCUUCUCGUUGUCUUCCUCCUGGGUCUUGCUUUUUUCGCUCGCGAUAGCUUUGGUUGUGGCGGCGUUUUCGAACAAGAGACUGGAGUAUUGCGCUCUCCGGCUAGCGGACGGAAUAUCGGCGAGAUUACUCAAUGUGAUUACUUGCUACAAGUACCAUAUGGCCGUCGAAUUAAAGCUGUUUUUAUUGAUUUGGUUUUGAGAACGCCAUGCUGCUCGUGUAAGCACGAUUUUGUAGAACUGAGGGACGGAAACUCUGUGAACUCCUCUCUUAUAGGUCGUUUUUGUGCUCAAAAUCUUCCCAAGAUAAUCUAUUCUACAAGCAACACAUUAUGGCUUCGAUUCCAGUCCGACUUUCGAACAGAAAUUGAAAACAAAUUCAGACUAACGUACACGGCGAUAUGUGGGCGUCAUUUUACCUCGUCAUCGGGCAGUUUCGCUUCUCCGGGGUUUCCUAAUUUAUACGCACCUAACAUCGAGUGCGUUUAUACAAUCUUUGCUCCACUCGGACGUAUCAAAAUUGAGUUUGGGACGUUUGACUUGGAGACGUUGCCAGGGCAGACACAGACGACAGAAUGCGAGUCAGACUAUGUGGAGGUGAAAGAGAUUGAACAUGUCGAGUACAGUACGUCGAUAUCAAAGCCCUCGGCUAGAUUUCGUCGCUACUGCGGUAACCAACUACCCCCAACGGUCUACUCAACUUUAGGAAGCCAUAUUUGGCUGCGUUUUAAAAGCGACUCCAGUGGUGAAAGUAAAGGAUUUUCUGCAAGAUUUCGGACGGUAUCUGUAGGAGAAGGGAGCUGUGAAGGGAAGCUCUCCGGAAAGAGAGGACAUUUAUUCUCUCAAAAUUACCCCUUUCUGUUUCCUAGAAACAAAGAGUGUUCUUGGGAAAUAGAAGUUGAGAAAAAUAUGCACAUCCACCUUUUUUUUGAUACUUUUAAUUUUAGCCGCCACCACCAACAGUGCAUCUAUGGCUAUGUCCAGGUUUAUGAUGGGCCUGGCCAUGCAUCUGUGAUUGGUCAGUUCUGUGGUGCCGUCAUGCCUACAAAAGUAGUUUCCAGAUCCAACAAAUUGGUGGUCCGGGCUCUGUCUGGAGAUGGUGCAAAUACUGGAUGGUUCUCAGCAAGAUAUUUGGUCUCUUCAGAGGGCCCUUGCGGACCUAAAAAGUUUACAUGCCAAAACCGUCAGUGUAUUGAUGACUUCAAGCAGUGCAAUAACCGGCAAGACUGCAGAGAUGGGUCUGAUGAAAUCAGCUGCCCACCUGAACAAGAGAGGUUGUCGUGGUACAGCUUUUGGCCAGUCACUGUUAUUGUGGUUAUGCUUUUCAUGGGUAUCUGGUUAUGGCAUACUUGGAAAAAAUAUAUUUCACCUAGAAGUCAUAUUGAACGGCAUUACUGCCCCUCUCCUUGUCACCACCAUUCCAAUGGUGGUAUUUCUGAGGUGUUUGAACCAAAGCCUCCAAGUUACAAUGAGGCAAUAUCCCAACCAAACACCCACCAAACUCAACCUCCUCCUUCUUAUGAAGAGGCGGUUGCUAUUCCUGGUGACCAUGUCACAGUCACAACCAAUCCAGCUGCCCUCGCAACAGAAAGAGUGAGCAAUGAAGGGAUUAACCAAAAUGAGAGUCAGGAUUUUGAUUCACAUGUUUGCACUAUAAGAACUUGUAGCUGUGAUAACUUAAUUGUUGGGUACCACAGACAGAAUGUGGAUGGUAACAGCAGACAGCCAUAUCAUAGUCAUAGGCUUAGUAGUGAUGGGGAGAAUACUGACUCAGCAUCUAGCAUGUUAUAGCUGCUGCUAAACUAGACUUAUUUGUGGUGACCAUAAAUUAGGAGAAGGAAAAAUUAUACAAGUUAUAAUUAUUCUACUUUUUCAUUGUUUACAAUGUAUGCCAAUGUGUAAGGCAAUAUAUUGUCUUCCAGAUUGGAACCUAGAAAACUCACCUUUUGUGCAAAGUACAAAAUAUAUAAUUUUAAUAGAACAAUUUGACUUACAUUCAGAUAUAUAUUGUUUCAAAAAGGAUAUUCAAAAACAAAGGGAUACAAAUACAAUUUUAGAAUGUUCUCUUGUUAGCAUAUUUUGAUAACUAACAAGGUAAUAUUUGUAAUAACCUUUGUUCAGUCUAUGUGAUUGACUGUGCCCUGUAGGGAUGAAGAAAUAUUUUCUAAAUUCUUUUUUUUUUUAAUGGAAAACUAUUUUUGUUACAAUAAUUAGACAUAUUGAUGCUUUUAUUUUUGUGUGGAAAAUAAUUAAUAAAUCAUGAGGAAGUGCUGAAAAUAAGAUAAGCUUUUAACCACCAAAUAAUGACUCUUUUGCUAUUAACU